AUGAAUACGGAGAAACUUAACUCCAGAGAAGCCUACAAAAUGGCAGGACAAGUAGAACUGCAUUUCCUGGCUCCAAGUCUGGCAGAUACCAGGGAUACUGGGGUUGGGAAAUCAAGCAUUGUUUGUCGAUUUGUCCAGGACCACUUUGAUCACAAUAUUAGCCCAACUAUUGGAGCAUCCUUCAUGACUAAAACUGUGCCUUGUGGGAAUGAGCUUCAUAAAUUUCUGAUCUGGGACACAGCUGGUCAGGAACGGUUUCAUUCCUUGGCUCCAAUGUACUACCGAGGUUCAGCAGCAGCUGUGAUAGUUUAUGAUAUCACCAAACAGGAUUCAUUUCAUACUUUGAAGAAAUGGGUGAAAGAACUAAAAGAACAUGGUCCUGAAAACAUUGUAAUGGCCAUCGCUGGAAACAAAUGUGAUCUUUCUGAUAUCAGGGAAGUUCCUGUGAAGGAUGCCAAAGAGUAUGCAGAAUCUAUAGGUGCAAUAGUUGUUGAAACCAGCGCAAAGAAUGCUGUUAACAUUGAAGAACUUUUUCAAGGAAUAAGUCGGCAAAUUCCACCCUUAGAUCCUCAUGAAAAUAGUAACAAUGGAGCAAUCAAACUUGGAAAGCAGACUUCACAGACGGGUAGGCGGUGCUGUUGACCCAACUUUAUCUUUUUAGAUUUACUUGAAAAACAGCACCAUUUACUUUUUUCACUGAGAAAGGACUUCAUGAUCUCAGUGACAUGGCUCUUCAUCUUGAAAACAGUAAUUUUGAUACUUCCCAUGAGCAAUAAAGCAAGGACCAGAAGCAGAAAGCUUUACUUCAAAGGGAUUUUGAGAAACCUAGCUGGAAAAUCCUCUUUAAUAUCCUGUCAAAAUUACAGUGUCAAAGUACUCCAAUUCUCUGUUUAAACCAAUGACUGUUUUUUU